AAUUCAAAAAUUCUCUCUUAUUUCUAAAACUACAAUGAGUUGCAGACAGCUUGAGGUUCAUACAGAAGAUCAAACACCACAGAAAUGGAGUGUUUCAUUAAAAGAAGAAGUGUUCAAAAGAUUUUUGGCUCAACCAAAUUCAAUUGUUCAUAAGAUAUUUGGUGAUGGAUCAUUAUUUAGUCCAUUAUUAUUUGGCAAAUAUUUUGAUCCUUCUGAUGCAUUUCCACUUUGGGAAUUUGAGUCUGAUGUUUUUUUGUGUAAUCUUAAGAGCUCCGGCAAGACUAGUGUUGAUUGGUUUCAGACAGAUGAUUUUUAUGUAUUGAAGGCAGAAUUACCAGGAUUUGGGAUAAACACAGUGCAAGUAUAUGCUGAAAAUGGAAAAAUAGUUGAAAUUAGUGGGCAAUGGAAGAAUCAACAAAAAGAAACAAAAGCAAAAGAUUGGAGAAGUGGGCAUUGGUGGGAAUUUGGAUAUGUGAGAAAGUUAGAGGUACCUGAAGAUGCUGAUUUCAACAAAAUUGAGGCAUUUCUUAAUAAUGAUCUAAUUUUUGAAUUAAGAAUUGCCAAGAACUAUUUGGAUUGUCAUAAGGAUCCCAAUAUAGCUAUAAAUUCUGAAUUAGUUUAAGUUUAGAUGAGAUUACUGAAAUAUACAAUUUAUAAUUUUAUGUUCAGUAAUUUGUUAGUUCUAAUUAAAUAAAAUCAUCUUGUAUAA